AUGUUGUCACUUUCCAGUAUUAUCGAAGAGCUCAGGGGCAUUCUUCCGAUCGAUGCCAUGGCACCGGCGGAAAAGACCUCCAUUCCCCGUGAUGAAGAGCACGCAGAUUAUACCGAGAAGAACACAGUACACGUUGAUUCGUUCCUGUACGAUGACGACGAGGUGGACCGAUUAUGUGACGAUGGGCAGAUGAGCAGAGCCAUCUGCAACGCCUGUGGCUCCCAGGAUACCACUAUGCUGAAUUUCAUCUCGCACUCGGCAUCGCUAUCCCAACUGCAAUUUUUGUACAAUCAUGCACUGGGCGAUCUGACCGGCAAAUCGGUUCUGGAUGUUGGCUCGAGGACGGGUGCCGUUUUGUACGCGGGCUACCUAUUCAGUAGUGCAAAGGAACUCAUUGGUGUCGAGAUGAACUCAUAUUUUGCCGAUAUCUCUAGCAAAAUAGUUACGCAACACAACAUGCAAGACCGGAUAAGUAUAACAGAGGGUGAUAUCAUGAAGCACCCAAAGAUACUUGCCGGCGCGGAUGUCGUUGUUUUAAACAAUGUAUUUCAAUUCUUUCACUCCCCAGCGGCCCACGCAAAGUUUUGGACGUUUUUAAGAAGUACAAUUGUGCGCAAGGGGACAAUGUUAGUUACCGUCCCUGAAAUUUCUGGCUCGCUCCGCAGCGCUCAGCUCGACAUGGAUACCGCCAGUUGGGUAGAAGAAAUAACUUUGGACUACGCAGAAUACGAUGCUGACGAGGAAAGUGAUAUUCGCGCAGUACACCUAUACAGAGUUAUAUAAUUUAAAACAAAUGACCUUCCA